AUGAAAGAUUUUGGUUACGAUAUUUCGGAUUUUCGCGACAUUGAUCCCAUCUUUGGUACCAUGGAAGAUUUCAAUAGUUUGCUAGCUAGUGCCCAUAGCAAAGGAUUGAAAUUGGUAAUGGAUUUUGUGCCCAACCACUCCAGCGAUGAGCACGAAUGGUUCAUUCGGUCUCUUCAGCGGGAAGAUCCUUACACAGACUAUUACGUCUGGCAGGACCCAGCUGGGUUUGAUGGAGAUGGGAAUCCAAUCCCUCCCAAUAAUUGGGUUAGUGUGUUCAGAUAUUCCAUGUGGGAAUGGCGCGAGGAGAGGCAACAGUUCUAUCUUCAUCAAUUCGUCCCAGGACAACCGGAUUUGAACUACCGUAAUCCGAAUGUGCUGACGGAAAUGAAGGAUGUGAUCCGAUUUUGGUUGGAAAAAGGUGUGGAUGGAUUCCGUCAAGACGCUGUGGCUCACAUUUGGGAGGACGAGCAGUUCUUGGAUGAGCCUUUGAGUAAUAAUCCAAAUGCCUUAGACGAGAAUGAUUAUGACUACUACGAUCACAUUUAUACUAACAACCUCGAGGGCACACGAGUGAUCUUGGCAGAAUUUUAUACCGUGUUCAAAGAAGUUGAAGCCCUGGAUGGGUUUCCCAGGCUAACAAUGCUAGAGGUAUAUGUGAGCAUCGAAGAUCAAUUGAAGUACUACAAGGUCAGUGACUUCCCUUUCAACUUCGCCCUCAUGAACGUACGUGGACCCCCCGUGAAAGCGGAAGAUGCCAAGCGAGAGAUCGAUCAAAUCCUCGACCGCAUACCCACUAAUUACACUUACAACUGGGUGUUUGGAAACCACGAUAAAUGGCGCUUGCCCGAUCGCAUUGGUGGAUCCGAAUUGGUGGAUGCGUUUAAUCUGAUGUCUCUCUCUCUCCCUGGAGUGGCCAUUUCGUACUAUGGAGAGGAAAUCGGCAUGACCAACAACAUGGACAUCAGUUAUGAGCAGACCGUGGACCCAGCAGGAUGCAAUUGCGGUCCCGAUCAUUACAAUGAUGAGCCUUGCUCCCGAGAUCCCGAACGGACUCCAAUGCAAUGGAAUGCCGAGUUUAAUGCGGGUUUCAAUUCAGAGGGUAGCUCGGAACCGUGGUUGCCAGUCAAUUCAGAUUUCGACACCAUCAACGUUGAUGCUCAGCAAGGAAAUCCUCAAAGCCACUUGAACCUUUAUAAGGAAAUGAUUAAAUUGAGAAACUUGGAACCUACCUACACGUUUGGUGAUGCCAAGACCCAAUUGGAUGGCGACAUCUUAUCUAUCGCUAGAUUGCAGGAGCAAAUCUUUUAUGACGUUUACGUGACCAUGGUCAACUUUGGAAGUGAAACUCAGACUGCCAACAUCUUCCAAAGCUUUCAGCCCUAUUUGGAGUUUGGUCUUGUACUCAUUAGUACCAGUGGACCCGACGGGGAAAAUCCAAUUGGAACUGUCGUUGAUUUAACGUCCAUCUCCCUGGCUCCUUAUCAAACCGUCGUCGUUCGUCUCACUCCUUCCAAAGCUUAAAUCUACUAGCGAUAUACUGAAGGUUGACGGACUGAUAUCAAUAAAAUGGCAACGUCACUCGUUUAUCUUAAA